CCAAGAUCAUGUAAGCUAUAUUUAAUAUAUUAAAUGAAUAAUUAAAAAUAUCUAAUAAAAAUUCAGACAAGUUUAUAUUUCACUCAAUUAUGGUUCCGAAUCGAUUAUGAAACAAUCCAAAGAAUAUCCGAAAGACACAAAAUGAAAUUCAUAUCAGUUACCGAGAUGAAAAUAGGACUGCUCUCCUUGAAGUUGACCUGUGAUGUGAUAUAUUUCUUUUGUUAUCUAUGCGUCUGUCUGUACUGGGUUAAACAUUUCUGUGUUGUUGGAAGACAUUCAAUAAAACCGAUUAUAAUCAGGACUGAGGCUGAAUCGGUGAAUAUUAUGCCUGGAAAGUCAAUUUUGAAAGACAAAAACCAGCAUCAUUUAUUCAAGGAACGCAAAAAACGAUAAAUGUCAUAAUUUCACUGUCAAUCAACUUCAAAGGUGCCCAAAUGUGAAUUAAUAUUAUGGUUAUUUGAAGAAAGUGAUUUUAAAAUUAAAAUUUCAAAAUGACUAAUGUUUGUGUGCUAAUAAUAACUGCCUUUUUGGUGUGUGUUUUAAGCAAACCGUCAGUAUAUGGAUCAAUUAAUCUGAUUUGUGCUGCACUCCACCUAAUAAUCCUGGCUAUAUUCAUUAGUCCAUAUAUUCAUUGCGAAUCCUCGACAGUAUUUAGACAAAAUGAGCUGAUUCUUUAUGAAAAAUUACAAUGUUCUGGUUUUAAUGAGACUAUUGUGGACAACGCUGUGAUUUUCUCGAAAAAAUUUGACUUGCUACGUGUUGCUUACGCAUGGUUACUACUUGAUGCUUGUAUGAUUAUUGCAAGCAUUUUACUUUUAUAUGGAGUAUUGUUCAAAAUGAAAUUUUGCGCUCCUAAUAUAUUUUCAAUACCAUUUAUUGUCGUAUGUGACGUAACAAUAAUAGUGGAUAUCUUUUUCUUGAUCAUUUGGUUGGUUGCAUAUAAAAAUCACUUUAGCAAAUUAUAUUUUCAUCAAAUUGUCGGCAUCAGAGACCGAGUAUCGGUUGCAAUUCUAAAGCACAUCAUGAAAGAUGAAGACGUUGCCAAUGGAAUUGUUACCGUAACAGACAUAAAAACAGUGAACAUAUUCUUUCGACUUUUGUAUCACAUCUGGACAUUUUGCUGCACUUGUUUCGCUGUAAACCGAUAUUUCAUGAAAUGGCCCGAAAUUGAAGAAAAGCAAACAAUGCAUCCGACAGAACAAUAAAUUGUCAACUCAUUCAAAAAAACAAAACAAAAAAAUUAAGAGUAAAUAAUGUCAGUAUGUCAAUCAACGUCAUUAUUUAAUCAUUUACACAAAUUUAUACUGAAGAAUUUAAAGAAUUUAUAAUGUGUUGUAUUUGUCAAAUAUGCUUCAAGGGAUUAAUGAGCAAACCAUUCAUUUAUGGCUUAAUACAAAUGUCUGUGGCUGUUGUUCAUAUGGUAUUUUUAAUCAUUUAUAUUGCACCCUAUAUACACUGUGAAGCAUCUUCUACAAUCAAGCAUGAUAAUUUAAUCAUUUUUCAAAAAUUAAAUUGCUCCAAGAUUAAUAACACUGUAGUGGAUAACGCAGUGAUGGUUUCGGAUAAUUUUGACUUACUAUGUGUAUCUUACAUCUGGAUAAUCCUUGAUGCCGCCUUAGCAUGUGCAUGCAUAAUAUUUUUAAUUGGAUUAUGCGCAAAUAUUCCUUGUUGUAUCGGAGCUAUAUUUUCCGUACCGUUUAUUGCCAUCUCCGGUUUGGUUAUUGUUGUGGAUAUUAUCCUGAUGAUUAUAUGGUCGCAAGCUUAUAAAAAACACAUAAGUGAUUACUAUUUCUUUCAAAUGAUUGGUGUUCAUGAUAGAACCUCAAAAGUGGCUCUAAAGGAUACUUUGGGUGUUCAUGACCCAAUUGAUGAUAUAAUCAACUUGGCUCGAAUAAAAGCUACGAACUUAUUCUACAGGCUGCUGUAUCAUAUACUAACGCUGAUCUUUUUACUGCUUGCAAUUAAAAAGUUUCUUAUGCAGUUGUGUCGAAAACCAAAGGACGAGCCAAAAGAUAGCUAAUUGUGAAUUUGUGAAAAUUUUUGAGAAUAAAUAAAAAUUCGUUGUCUAUUUCUAA